CUCCACAGUGUGGCGCCUGCUUUGUUAGACCGAUCCAUGCUAACAAAUUCCCUUUGUUGUGAUUAACCAUACAGCGGGUAUUCUUCUGAAAUAACUUCUCCUAAAAGUUGGUGUUUAGAUCAUUUGGAGUAUGAGUGGCGGAGUGUAUGGAGGCGAUGAGGUGGGGGCUCUGGUGUUCGACAUUGGCUCGUACACCGUAAGAGCUGGCUACGCAGGAGAAGACUGUCCUAAAGCGGACUUCCCCACAGUGAUCGGUGUGACGCUUGACCGAGAAGAUGGCAGCACACCUAUGGAGACAGACGGUGACAAGGGCAAGCAGAGUGGCACCACCUACUACAUCGAUACCAACCAGCUGAGAGUACCGAGGGAGAACAUGGAGGUCAUGUCUCCACUAAAGAAUGGCAUGAUUGAGGACUGGGACAGUUUCCAGGCCAUUUUGGAUCACACGUACAAGAUGCACUUCAAGUCUGAACCCAGUCUGCAUCCAGUGCUCAUGUCAGAGGCAUCAUGGAACACACGGGCAAAACGAGAGAAACUAACAGAGCUGAUGUUUGAACAUUACAACAUUCCUGCCUUCUUCCUCUGCAAAUCUGCUGUGCUGUCUGCCUUUGCCAAUGGGCGGUCUACGGGAUUGGUCCUGGACAGCGGAGCCACACACACCACAGCGAUUCCAGUGCAUGAUGGUUAUGUCCUUCAGCAAGGAAUCGUCAAAUCUCCUCUGGCUGGAGACUUCAUGAGCAUGCAGUGCAGGGAGCUUUUUCAGGAAUUAAGUGUUGAAAUAAUCCCACCUUACAUGAUUGCCACAAAGGAUGCAGUGCGGGAGGGAGCUCCAGCCAGCUGGAAGAAGAAGGAAAAACUACCUCAAGUCACUCGCUCAUGGCACAACUACAUGUGUAAUUGUGUGAUCCAGGAUUUCCAGGCAUCUGUUCUGCAGGUUUCAGACUCCCCAUAUGAUGAACAGGUUGCUGCACAGAUGCCCACAGUGCAUUACGAGCUGCCAAAUGGCUACAACUGUGACUUUGGGGCUGAGAGGCUGAAGAUCCCCGAGGGGCUGUUUGACCCCUCUAAUGCCAAGGGCUUGUCAGGAAACACAAUGUUGGGGGUCGGCCACGUGGUGACGACCAGCGUGGGAAUGUGUGACAUUGACAUUCGGCCGGGUUUGUAUGGCAGUGUGGUGGUGACUGGAGGAAACACUCUCAUCCAGGGCUUCACAGACCGACUGAACAGAGAACUCUCCCAGAAAACUCCUCCUAGCAUGAGGCUGAAAUUAAUCGCCAACAACACUACAGUGGAACGCCGGUUCAGCUCCUGGAUAGGAGGCUCCAUCUUGGCAUCACUUGGAACCUUUCAGCAGAUGUGGAUCUCCAAACAGGAGUAUGAAGAGGGAGGAAAGCAGUGUGUUGACAGGAAGUGUCCUUGAUUUGCCACCUAACUGUCUCCACCACUGUCUUUGCCAACAACUCAACAUUGCGAGUCACUCACCUCUGACCCUGGACUCAGGAACGUCUACUGAUGAUCACUCUUGUUUUGUAUCAUUUGUUUUUUAAAAAAAGUUUGUCCCUAAUCUGCCCAUCUGACAUUCGUACAACAAUCAGAUAUGGACAUAAAGUAAACGCUGUCACUGAAAUGAAAUGAAACAUGGUUUUAGCUCCUUUUACAUCCAGUUGCCUUAUUUUUCAGAAGCAUUAGUGUUUUGUUGAAUCCUUAAAAAAAAUAAUGAUAAUAGGUUUUCUUUGAACUUGAUCGUGCUACCCACUGUCCAUAAUUUUUUUUUUUUUCCAAACUAGAUACUCUCAAAAUGGUCUCAAGGCCAUUAAAUGAGGACAUGCAAAAUAGUUUUUGGAUCCCACAUGAAAAAACGUGAAUUUGCUUAAUGCUAGGUUUCUGCAGAAUGGUGACCGGAUUAUCUUUGGUGAUUUGGAAGGACAACGUUACUGUUUAAGGGGAGUGUCUUUUGUCCAUCUGUGUCUUUUUUUUUAACGUUCUAAGCUCAUUAUUGUUACAGACCUGUCAUUUCUCGCCUGUGGUGAUAGGUGUCAGCUGAAAUAAAUCUGUAUUUAAUUUUCA